AUGAUUUUUGGAAAAGACGGUAUGAAUGUCGAUCUAGAUAACAAAUACGACUUUCUGUUGAUGGUGGUUCUCGGUGUCAGCGUUGGAGGAUGA